AUGCCUGGAAGCCCUAAGAAAAAGAGAAUGAAGCGCAAAGCUACGGACUCUGAUCUCAAGGCGCUCAAAGGACAAACAGCUCUAGCAAAAAGAGUGCGACGCCCAGGCGCAGGGACAGGAGGUAGGGGAGCUCAACUGGAGAAACUAGGCGAUAUCUUGCAUGCUCCAGUGCGGAUCAGCCAAUCCAAGGGUGCCACCUCACUUGAUAUGAACGCUCCUGCAAACCCUCUUGCUCCUGAACCAACUCACAAGGGUCGCGGGAGUCAUUUCAAGAAGAAACAACCCCCUCCGCCAUAUAGCCCUUCAGUGGAACUGGACACCACGACUCUGAAAUCACGCUCAAAGAAAAACAAGGAUACUAUCGUUUCUGCCCUGAGCUUCGAACUUAACCAUCAGCCGACUUUUUUUCAGCAGGAAGCUGGGGGACGAUACAGAUUUUCACCACCAAUUGUCCCUGCUGGUACAGAGCCAGAUCUUCAAGCAUUGAACAACUCCUUUGUGGCUGCAGCCAAGAAGGCACAUGCCCUGCCCGAUUCCCAUUCUUCUCUAAGUCAAACUCAUGUUACUACUCUUAACAUAUCCCAACUUCAGGUUCCUGUCACUACUCAUAGCGUCCAAGAUCCUAUACUUUCUGGAACCAAUUCAUCUGCAGUGCUACCGGAUGUGAACUUCUACCAGAACUUAGAUCCUGCCCUCCGGCUGCCUGUACCACAAAGUAUAGAAUCUGAACAGUUUGACACAUCAAAAGACGAUUCAUCUGGCUUGGAUAAAAGUAGCAGGGAUGAGCAAAUUGGUUGGGGAGAAGUUCACAGGUGUCAUAGUACACACCCUGGUUUUCCGAGAGAAGGCUCACCACCUCAACCUCGGAUGGUCACCACUCUUCCAACAGAUUUCAAAUUUCAGCACUCUCGUGACGAAGGUGAUGAAGCAGCUGAAAACAUUUUGGGAGUUGGUGAUGAUUUGAGCGAGGAUUCAAGCGAUGAUGGUAUGGCGAUGAAUCAAAAGAGUGCCCCCCAGCCAAACAACAUUUUGAAGCUUCAUCACAAAAGAAAUGGCCACCCCCGACUUCCUGAUCCCACUCUCCUGGAGCUUCUCCAUGUUGCUGAGAUCGAUACCUCCAACUCGAAGGCGAAACAUAAAUUGAAGGUGGUCGAUGGAUCUGACGAUGAAGGGCCAAAGGCCACCCAGCUGGGUUGGUAUGGUCCACGCUGGAAGAGUUUUCUCGAGGACACGAAGGUGGAGUGUCGUACUCAGCAGGCAUUGGAGAACCCUUUCCCGAGCCUUGUUCAUGAUCUGCCAGUUUCAAUCACAGAGUCACUCUCAGCCUCUCUCGUGCAAUGGCUAAAAAACGGCCAACAAGUUGACACUGGUGUGUGGCCUGCUCAUAAGCUUGACAUGGCGAGACUGGUGCAUAUAUCUAUUUUGUGCUGUAUGAUGACUUGGCAACCUGGCUGCUCUGAUCUGAAAAAAAUCGUCAUCUCCAUUACGCCUUCUGCAUACAGUCUUUCCCCGCCAGCUGACAUUCCCACUCAAGAGCGCGCAGCUUGGGUUGAGGUCGCCACUGCAGAAUUACUGGAUGAUGGUAGAUUUCUCCGCCAUGGAGUCAAUGAAUUGGGGAAAACCAAGAACUUUGCUCACCCUGUGCUUCUUCAGGCCAUUUUUCAGAAGGAGGUUUCAUUAAAAUGCCUAGCUCUCGUUUGCACUGUGUUUCAUUGCAUCUUCCAGGGCCUCAAGAAAAACGGCAAUGGCAAGUCUUAUUCAAAAUUUACUUCGAAGGAGUACGAGUCCAUCUAUCAUUCAAUGCUUGAGCUACUUGAUGCCGUCAUGAAAGACCCAUAUCAUGGUCCGAAGCUGGUGCAGCAACUCCAUGAAUGGGCCAAGAUUGGAUGUCGAGUGAGCUUCCAAGUCAAAUCUGUACAGACAGACAGAAAAAAUGAUGAUAUUCAAGACCUCUUUGGUCCUCACUAG